AUGCGUCGAAUGCUAGCACUUUUGCUGCUGUGCAACGCCCACGCAUUGCGCACUCCACACCCUCUCCUCAGCAGUGCUGCUGCACACACCUAUCGAGCAGAUGCCGGGCGGGAAUUCGCACGCAUCGCGCCCCACAUCAAGACGUCAUUGCUGGAGAACUCAAACAAGACGCAGGAUCUGGCGGCCGGCAAGGCGUUACUCAAAAAAAUGGACCGUGCAGCACAGACGCCAGCUGACCUGACCGCUGUCGCGCGCCGAGGCUACAUUCGCACAGUAUAUGACGAUAGAGCGUUCCAGGUAGCGGAGAUGUUCGGAGCCGCGCACCGCGCUGGCGUCAAGCUGGCACGAGGCGCCCGCGUCGCGUCCCUCGGAGGAGGCCCCGGGUGUUGCGUGCUCGGCUACCGCGUGUUCGAGCGCAUCGCGUUCGGGAGUGCGACUUCACGGCUGUGGGUCUACGACUACGCCGAUGCCUGGCGCGACGACGUCGCGGCGCUCGCCCGAGCGCUGGACGAGCCCAUUCCGUUCGGCGCGUGCGACCUGGCGCGGGGACUGCACGCGCCGGAAAAUGACGAAGUGCGAGCCCUCGCGCCAACACUUGACGUCGUGCUCCUGUCGCGGACGCUCUCGGAGGUGCCCGAUCGUGGGUGGACGCCGUUCCUGCGGGAGCUCUGGGCGACGCUGAAGAGCGGCGCGGUCGUCUUCGUGAAGGACGAGCAGGACGUCGAAGCCGAGGCGGUGGAUCUGCUCGGCGGCGACGCGUGGUCGGUGCCGGGCGUGCGAGGGGUGUUCCUCCGUCACGGCGAGUAA